GAAAUGAGAUAAAAGACACGUAAAUAGUGUCUAUAAAGCAAAAACGCAGAGGAACCAAGCCAGUCGACAGACAGACCGCACCGUGUUCACAUUUAUUUAUGUAUUUUUAAGUUAUAAUUAGUAAACAAUGAAAUCAACAUUCGUAGUUUUUCUAGUCGUGGUAGUAGCCAGCAGCGCCUAUGGAAAGGCGUUUAGGCACAAAAGACAAUCAGAUAACAACGAAGAUGGUCUAGAUGACAGGUACGGGUUUGAGAAUCGACGACCGUGGCAGAACCAAAACCAGUUGCCGUGGCAAAAUCAAAACGGAGGAGGUCAAUCCUCAUGGCAAAAUCAGAAUCAAAACGGUGGUGCACAAUUUCCAUGGCAAAAUCAAAAUGGCGGACGACCUUGGCAAAACCAAAAUCAAAAUCAGGGACAAUCUCCGUGGCAAAACCAGAACCAGAAUGGUGGCCAGGGACAAUUCCCUUGGCAAAACCAGAACCAAAACCAACUACCUACAACAGCAUCGACAACUCAGGCGCCUAAUGGAAAUGGGGGAUCUUCGAACGCGGAGUGUCUACGGAACUGUCCCGUGACUCCGGAGUACAACCCGGUAUGUGGCACUGACAACGUCACGUACACAAACCCUGGAAGACUGGGGUGUGCACAGGCUUGUGGUGUCUCCGUGUCCCUUCUUCGGUCAUCUCCGUGUCCGACCUCCACACCAGCUCCAUCCAGCUAAAUUAUCUGUUUAUUUUAUAAAAGUAUUUUAAUAACUUGUCGACUGAGAUAAUAUUUUAUUCAAUUAAAAAUUAAUUGUAAUAAAUUAAUACGAAUGAGGAAUA